AUGCCGAUCACUCGCCAAGUAAAAAACGUCGUAAAAAAUUACUCGAAUGUCGAAGUCAAGGUACGCGAAGCAACCUCAAACGAUCCUUGGGGCCCGUCUAGCUCUUUAAUGGCCGAUAUAGCUGACCAAACGUACAAUGUUGUCGCUUUUUCUGAGAUAAUGUUAAUGAUAUGGAAACGUUUAAACGACCACGGGAAAAACUGGCGUCAUGUUUAUAAGAGUUUGGUUUUAUUGGACUAUAUUUUAAAGACGGGUUCAGAACGCGUCGCACAACAAUGUCGCGAAAAUAUAUUUGCAAUUCAGACUUUGAAAGACUUCCAAUUUAUUGACCGAGAUGGCAAAGAUCAAGGAAUGAAUGUCCGUGAAAAAUCUAAGCAACUAGUAGCUUUGUUAAAAGACGAGGAACGGCUUAAAAAUGAACGCACUCGUGCCAUCAAAGCCAAGGAGAGACUUUCACAGGGGUCUAACAUUGGGGUUGGAUCGAAUAAGCUAAAACCAGGGGCCACACUCCGAGAAUCAGGCAGUGCCAGUGACGUCCGUGUUGAAAGAGCGAGUGAAGCGUCGCCUGUUAGUCGAUCAUGGGAGCCUGAACGCAGGACUUAUGGGUCAGAAAUUGAAAAGAGUCGGCCAUCAAAUACCAACGAAGAGGAGUUACAAUUACAACUAGCAUUAGCGUUGAGCAAACAAGAAGCGGACGACACAAAGCAUAAGAUGGAGAAAGACGAACAACGCUAUCAAAUUGCUCUCACUGAAAGCCGACAGAGCGUGAAGAAGCCUGGGGAUACUUCGCUGUUAAAUAUGGCUGGUUCUGGUGGCUCAGCUGUGCAAGUACCUGACCCUUGGGGUGUGGGUGCUAUUGCCCCACCUCCCCAACAACCGAGCGACCCCUGGGGACAACCAAAACCUGUCCAGUGGGGACCAAGUGAUCCUCAGGUUGAUCCAUGGGGUGAAAUUCCAACUGGCCCGCCUCCAACUCGCCAUAUACCCCCACCUAGUCCCCCUAGCAGCCGAGGAAUUGUCAUUCCUCCAGAACCCACUGCUCCUACACAGGAUCCUUGGGGUUAUUCAUCACCCGCUCCCACUACAUUGGCCCAACCACAGCCAGACCCUUGGGGUGCACCCUCACAACCACCCCCGUUCAACACUGUUGGAUCUGGAAACCCCUGGGAUGCAGACCCAUUUAGUGAACUUGCAAGUUCAUCUACCUCAAACGACUUGUUUAGUACUCCCUCGGCAGAUCCUUGGGCAGAGAUUAACCAACCUACAACGAAUGGGGGUCCCGGUAAUGUACAACCAUUUGACAUGAUGAGCGUUGGUAAUAAUCUUCCCACCGAUACUCAACAAAAAGAUUUGCUUGCUGAUCAUUCGACGUUGGUUAACUUGGACUCGCUGGUCAGCGUCAGUACAGAAUCUAACCCAUUCUUCACCCCUACCCCACAACCAACAAAACCAGGCAAUCCAUUUGCUAUAGAGAAGCCCAUUGCUCCCUCGCUCAAUCAACUUCGAACAAAUCAACCCAUUCUUGCUCCACAAACAAACCCAAGUCCGUUUGGCGACCCCCUGCUACCAGCUCCGUUGAUCCCAGCUGGAUCAUCCCAGGCAACCACUACAAGCAACCCAUUUCUAUAG